CGAUGUCGUACCCCUGCCCGGCUCGCUCGUUGUCCUCCGCCACCAUGGCCAUUGCGCUGGAGAUUAUUCCAUCUUCGAGCUCGCUCGAUAUGUACGGUGUUCCUGAUCAAAGCACAAGAUACUCUGUAUCUGGUCAUGUCAACAUCACCCUGACACCGCCGUCCUCCUGCUUCGAGGAGAGCAAACCUACUCGGCUGGUGCUGGAGUCACUCGUUGUGACCUUCGAGGGCCAAUCAGAGUUCCUCUGCGAAGAGACAGGCUACACCGCUGUGCGCCUCUGCACAGUAUCGCAAGAUCUGGUAGCUGCCGAGCCACUCGACCUCACCAACGAAGGAUUGGAUGAUCUCUCGAGGUCUUGCGCAUGGGAUAUUGUCUUCAAUCUGACGGUCCCAGGGUGGCUGCCAGAGAGCUCGCCAUUUGGCGAGCGCGACGGCGGGACCAGCUAUACCUUGCAUGCUUCUGCGAAGAUCCGAAACAACGACUCUGUGCCAUCGCGAAGUUGGCUUUCCAGCCUUUGUCUCCCCUUCCAAUCUCAAACAAAGGUCUUGACUGCGCAGCCUGUCGCCGUCCCUCUGGUUAGAUACACCACCCCAUCGUCAUAUGCGUCCACUUCCGCCUUGCCUUUCCCCAUCGCACAUUAUGAGGUCUCUGCGCGCCCUGAUGACCUGAAUGCCGAGAGUCGUUUCCCGCGAGAAGCGCUCUCCAAGAUCCGCGUCCAGAUGUCAGUGCCGGAGUGCAUCAGCGUGGAGGACGAGAAAAUUGCCUUUGCAGUACGGCUUCGGACGAACGGCUUGCCAGAGAACGAGUGCAAGCGGCUCCGGGUGGCAGGCUUUUGGAUAGAGGUUGAGCAAAGCGAGCGAUAUCGAACCCGACCGCUAUUGGCAUAUAGCACACAGUAUCCUGUUCCUCCGGCAGAAGAGCAGCCGCCACAAAAGCCCCUACUCAAACCACAUCCUCUGCACGGAAUCUACGGCACGGGCCUCGCCCAGGCACUAAACAACAACGUGCUGCUGAGGUCCUUCUCGCUGCUUCCGGUCGACACCUCUGGCCAUUAUCGAAUAGCCGGCGAUGGAUACGUCUUCGCUCGGGAUAUGGAGACGGAAUUGGCCAACACCUGGUUCUCUUUCGCUGCGGAGGUUCCUAUUUCGACCGGCCAUCAUGGGACGCCCAUAGACCUUUCGUGGCAAAUGAGCAAAGCAAUACGAACCUCUGGCCUCUCUCCUUUGCUUACCGUCAGCCACCGGAUGUACGUGACCCUAAACUGCACGUACGACCUUGGCGAGGGCGAGAACCUCGAGCGCGUAGCAGAGCGCCUGCGGUUCCACGUUCCUUUGCGGUUUGUUAGGAUUCCACCAAGCUCGCAGCAGGCCUCGCGUUCCUCGACGCCCACUGUCGUAGGACACGUGCGCUCCCUUAGCGAAAAUUCUGGUGACGCUAUCCUUGGUCUCCCCGGCCUGCCAGUGCCGAGCGCGCCGUAUGCGCCCACGCUGCCAGCGUACUCGCAACUAUACUACUCUAAUGGAGACCGCAAGAUCGAUUAUUCCAUCCCCUUGCCGCUCUACACUCCUCACGCUGAGUCAGAGCCUUUGCUAUCUUCGGAGUCCUAGCUCGUUUGUGUUCGGCUCAUUGGUACGACCCUCCGUGUAUUGCACCAUAACCUUCGACCUUCUUGUAUCAUCUAUUCUACAUUUCCUUCUCGUGCUAAUUUCGUUAUUUUAAUCACAUAUCACUUAGUUCUUGUACCUAUAGAUAAGUGUAUCUCUUGCUGUACUGUAUUCCUGCUCCUCUACAACUCG